AUGCCAAGACCAACUCCGUCGUUCCUAGCGCGCGAAGAGGGGGGGACGGAGUUGAUCCGAUCCGGCUGCGGCGUUGCCGCGUUUCAGAAAUCUCGGCCCCGUGGUCUUUGCCGUUUGAAGCUCAACCUUGACGCUUAUCGGGACCGAGCGCCAUCAGAGUUCCAGGGAGCUUCAGAGCUUCAGAUCCACAUGCAUCACACGGAUGUUGACCAUCCAGCAAGAAUUCGCGCAAUGUGUCGGCGUAGAGACCCUUGUGCGAAAGCCUCCGUUUGGACCUUUGGUCGCGGACCCGCCUCGCCGACUUUGCCUUGUCGUGCUGGCCUUCCGACUCCUGAUCCGUCCACACACCGACCGGAUCGAAAGCAGCCAAUCUUUGACAAGCACCAGUACCAGCGACAGCGACAGCAGCAAUACAGUGCCGACAUUGACAAAUCACUCACUUCUCCAAGAUCUCACAGGAGCCUGGUGCCCACGGCGGCUAUGCAGAUUCGAGGUGUUUUGCAUAGAAUCGCGGAAUUGCAAGGGUGCCAAUGCUUUGCUCAAAGCUGUGACCGCCGUCUGAGUCAGGACCUGGAACGACAUAGAAGAAGCGAUCUCUACCGAUAUGUCUCGGUCAAAAUCAAGAUGACCUGGGGUUUUCAACAUGUGGGAAAUUUUAUGACCGAUCUUGCCUCGUAUGAUUGUCUUGUGAAGUGA